AGAUGAAGUGCAAUGACAAUAAAAUCGUCUGUUUUAUUUUUGGAUGAAAAUGGUUUCACCGUUUUAUUUCGGAACUCAGAUGACUAAAGAAUAUAAAACUGCGAUGGCCGUGGGGGUAAAUUACAUUACAAUUGGUUGUAUUAGGAUUUGACCGUUGACCAUUGACAUUAAUCAUGGAGGAAGAUGAUGAUGAAGUAUCAUUGACACAGCGUUAUAGACGUAGUGUCUCUCAGCCAAGCAUUUAUCGGUCAACACAGGAUAGCUUAAAUCGAUGCUCACAGCAAACAUCCUACCAGAGUAUUCAUGAGACACUUUACGAUGAUACCAUGAGUAUGGCCAGCUUGAACAGCACUGCCUCUGCCAAAAGUGUUCUUACUGCUAAUAGUAGAGAAUCAUUGACUCUUCAAGAUGGUGAUCGUACAAUCAUUGAAGGAAGUUGUGAAGAGUUAAGACCUGAUGUAACUGGGCGAGGAUCAAGAAUGACUUCUCAUUACGGAACAGCAUCAAGUUUAUAUUUUCGUGAUGAAAUUCGGUCCAUUGAUUUUGUUCUCGUUUGGGAUGAGCAUGAUGCCGAAGCUUUGACAUACAGAAGUAUAGAACUCCGAAGAGUGUUUGAAAAAAAUUUGGAAAAGGAGGGCUUAGAAUUAGAAUAUGAACGUCCAGAACCUAACGGUUUGCGUUUCAUAAAAAUUCAUGCACCACGUGAAGUUCUGCGUCGUUAUUCUGAAAUAUUAAAAUUGCGUAUGCCAAUGAAAGAAAUACCGAGACUCAGGAUUCAACAAAAUCAAAGUAAUCUUAUAUUGAAGGAAGUGAACUCUUUAUUUCGUAGAAUCAUGAAAAACUAUUAUGUUGACACAACUAUAUUUCCAACGAUGAAGCAUCGAUUUACGGCUGUCUAUAGCCGUGACAAAGAAUAUUUAUUUGAUCUGGAUAUACCUGAAUUUUUCUCACCGGCGACUCAUUCAAGAAUUGUACAAUUUAUUCUUGAUAGAACAAGAUUCACUGACGAUAAGGAAGAUGAUUUUGCAUUUGGUAUUGAUCGAUUAAUUACGGAACGAGCAUACGUAGCGGCGUACCCACUUCACGAUGGCAAUCUUCAUUCUCCAGAUUCAAUGCGCUACCUUUUAUAUAAAGAAUGGGCUAGUGUCAAGAAAUGCUUCCAUUAUCAACCAUUGGAUUACAUCAAGGAAUAUUUUGGAGUAAAGAUAGGUCUUUACUUUGCUUGGCUUGGGUUUUAUACACACAUGUUAGUUCCUGCUAGCAUAGUUGGACUUCUUUGCUUUAUAUAUAGCUGCCUUACCUUAUACUCCAAUAAACCCAGCGAAGAUAUUUGCAAUGGGAAUACAUCAAUAGAAAUGUGUCCACUGUGUGAUCAUUUUUGUGGAUAUUGGAAUCUUAAGGAAACCUGUCUUCAUGCUAGAGUGACUUAUUUAUUUGAUAAUCCAUCUACUGUAUUUUUCUCCAUAUUUAUGUCACUUUGGGCUACGUUAUUCUUAGAAUUAUGGAAAAGUUAUUCUGCUGAAAUAACGCAUCGUUGGGAUUUAACUGGCUUGGAUGCACAGGAGGAACAUCCCAGGCCGCAGUACUUGGCUCGAUUGGCACAUGUUAAAAAAAAGUCAGUUAAUGUAAUUACAAAUACUGUGGAGCCUCAUGUUCCAUUUUGGAAAAUGCGAGUACCAGCAACUAUUCUUAGCUUUUCUGUUGUUCUAUUAUUGAUCAUCGUAGCAAUGGCGGCUGUGUUAGGUGUUGUUUUAUAUAGGAUGUCCAUCCUAACAGCACUUAGUUUCUAUGGAAAUCCCAUGAUAACAAGUAAUGCGAUACUAUUCACUACCGCAACAGCCGCUUGUAUCAAUUUAUGCUGUAUCGUAGUAUUUAAUUUGAUCUAUGUGCGUUUAGCAGAGUAUUUAACCGAGAUUGAACUUUUACGCACUCAAACAGAGUUUGACGAUAGUUUAACAUUAAAAAUAUAUUUAUUACAAUUUGUAAAUUACUAUGCUUCGAUAUUUUAUAUAGCAUUUUUCAAAGGAAAGUUCAUUGGAUAUCCCGGAAAGUACAUUAGAUUCUUUGAAUUUCGUCAAGAAGAAUGCGGCCCUGGUGGAUGCUUAAUGGAGCUGUGCAUUCAAUUAAGCAUAAUUAUGACUGGAAAACAAGUGAUGAAUACUAUUUCCGAAAUGCUUUUUCCACUGUUUUUCAAGUGGUUGAAUACAAUAAAGGUGCAUGUUGGCACAAGUAAAACUAAAAAUAGCGAUACCAAACGACACUCUAGUUCUAGAAUGUAUCUUCAGUGGGUUAGAGAUUAUAAACUCGUACAGUGGGGUCCUAGAAGCUUAUUUCCAGAAUACUUAGAAAUGAUACUACAAUACGGAUUUGUUACCAUCUUCGUAGCUGCCUUUCCCCUGGCUCCUUUUUUUGCAUUGUUAAACAAUAUUUUGGAGAUGCGAUUAGAUGCCAAAAAAUUAUUAACUAUGUAUAGAAGGCCUGUUGGACAACGUGUUAGGGAUAUAGGAAUAUGGUACAAAAUUCUCGAUUCAAUUUCGAAAUUGUCUGUAAUAACUAACGCUUUCAUCAUUGCUUUUACUUCUAAUUUCAUUCCACGUUUAGUCUAUUUGAUGACAGUAUCGGACAAUUACUCUCUGGAUGGAUUUCUGGAACAUUCUCUUUCUAAAUUUAAUACUACUGAUUUGAAAAACGAUACUAAGCCAAUGAUAAUGGCUGGUGAAAAAUCAAUUGAAAUAUGUCGAUAUCCUGAUUACAGAGAACCACCUGACUCACCAAACAAAUAUAAUCAUACGAUUAUGCAUUGGCAUGUGUUAGCUGCACGAUUAGCUUUUGUUGUUGUAUUUGAGAAUAUCGUUGCUUUGGUUAAGAUUUUUUUACGAUGGUGCAUUCCUGAUAUGAAUUCGAACCUUCGUGAUCAGAUACGUCGGGAAGCAUAUAUCACUAACGAAAUUAUUAUACAACAAGAAACGAUGCGUGCUGGCAGAUGUUCGAAUGAGAAUACAGAAGUAAAUCCAACGGAAAAUUCAAAUCAGGAAAAUGCACUACGAUGGAAUCAAAUUCUACGAAACUCUUUAUCGAAUUCUGAGUUUGAUUUAGAGGUGCACGGUACUCCUGUGUCUCCGCCUCUUGUACAGCCUAGAACGGGUCCUGCGGCACUCUAAAUCUUUUUUUUAUGUAUUUACAAAUUAUUAUUCAAAUAGGUGCUACGAAUAAUCCGCAAAUCGCAUUAAGCUUUUUGACGAAUGCUAUUAUAAGAACGAAACAAUAA